AUGUGGCUUCAAAUUUUUAUUGCGCUGUUUAUUCUGUAUGUUUUUGCUAAUUUGAAAGAGCUCAAAGAUUACUUGUAUAAAAUAAAAGUCGCCAGGAAUAUUCCUAACUUUGGGCAUGUCCCUUUUAUUGGAAGUAUUCUAUAUGUGCCGUUGGAAUUUGAGAGUAAGUGCUUGUAGUUUUUGUCUACAAGGGAUUACUUUAAUUAAUUAUAAACUGAAAUGAUGACUUGAACUUUUAGAAUUCACUCAAUUCUAUAUUGAUUUUGCCAAGAAGACCCUCGAUGAAGGCCACUCUGUUAUGUCGGCUUGGUUCUUCACCGACUUCACAGUAGUUCCACUAACUGGAGAUGCAGUAAAAGUAAUUAAAAGACUUUGUUUGUUACACUACCUUUUAGGUGAUUACCAAUAGUUCUGUUGAAUUAAAGAAAGGGAGAGAUUACAAAUUCGUUGAAAGGUGGCUGGGCCCGGCCUUACUCUUGGGGGAUGGGGAGAGAUGGCAUAAAACAAGGAAACUGGUCACACCAGGAUUCCAUUUCCAGAAACUUGAGGAAUUCGCGCCAAUAAUGGAUCGACACUGCAGAGUGAGACUUUUUUAUCAUUUUUUAGACUUUAAAAUUUUUUUUUAGACUCUGGUCUCAAACCUUCGUCAAAUUGAAGAUGGAGUUGAUGCCAAUAUCUUCAGUAAUAUCAAGAAUUGCGCCUUGGAUAUCAUUGCCGAAACAGCCAUGGGAGUUCAUCUGGAUGCCCAGCGGAAUGCAGAGACUCCGUAUGUCCAAGCAGUGAAAACUUUCAACAAAUUGGCGGUUAUUGCUUCGCAAAAGCCACAUUACUUUUUCUUCAACGAAUUGGGAUGGAAGCUAAGUGGAUAUGAAAAGGAGACCGUCAAAACCUUGGAUAUCCUCAAGGAUAUGACGGACAAGGUAACUAGAUCUAAUGGAAAAUUGGGCUUCCAAUUUGUUAAGAGUGCCAAUAAAACCCUGGUUUUGCUUUUAGGUCAUCAAAGAAAGGGUGGAACAACAAGAUCACGGUGAAUUUCACGAAGUUCAAAAACCUGAUUUCUUGGGCAUCCUGCUCAAGUCCUACGCCGAAGGGGAACUUCCAUUUGAGAAUCUCCGAGAGGAAGUUGACACCUUUAUGUUUGCUGGUAAGUUCUUAGCUUAUUACAAACGUUUUAAAUUCGAAUGCGCUCCUUUUCAUCCCGAUUUAACUGUCUUAACUUUCAUUCCAGGUCACGACACAAUUUCUCACGCUGUUGGUUGGACGAUUUGGUCUUUAGCCUGUCAUCAAGACGUCCAGGAGAAGUUGCAUCAAGAAAUAGAGACAGAAUUCAGUGGGAGAGAUGAUGAAUUUGUAUCGCCAAAACUGAAGUCUUUACCGUACUUGGAAAAAGUCUUCAAAGAAGCACUCCGUAUCUUUUCUCCAGUUCCAAUCUACGAGAGGGAAGUUGUAAAUGAAAUAGAAAUGGGAGGAUUUACAAUUCCGAAGGGAACUACUGUACAAAUCUCGCCUUUGGUUUUGCAUAGAAACAGCAAGGUAGAUUUGAUAUUAAAUUUUUUAAAUCAGCAUGAUUUUAGGCUUUCCCGGAUCCAGAAAAGUUUGAUCCUGAGAGAUUUGCUGAUGGAAGGCAAAUCCCUUCAGAGUAUAUUCCAUUUAGUGCGGGUCCUCGAAACUGCAUUGGCCAGAAGUUCGCCCAACGAGAAGCCAAGCUUAUGAUCGCUCAUCUUGUCCAUAAUUUCAAAAUAACUACUGAUAUUCCAUUCGAAAAGAACCUUAAGACGACUGAGGUUGUCUUGGCACCGACAUUAGGGGUCCCAGUUAAAUUGCAUAAGCGGUUUUAA